UACUAGCGGUAGUUAAGCAGUAAAUCUGAAAUUCAACAUGGAGUCCCCUCCAGAUCCAGCGAGCGACCCGGGCAACAGCGCCUCGGAGCCGGCUACCCCGGUCAGGGAGACCCCGGUAAACCUGGAGACGCUCCGGAAAGCGGACCAUCCAGCCCCGGUUCGAAGGCAGACCUGUUCGAGCACCAACAGAGGUAUCUCAGUAACAAAGAAGACACAUACCUCUCAAAUCGAAAUAAUUCCCUGCAAGAUCUGUGGAGACAAAUCAUCAGGCAUCCAUUACGGCGUGAUAACAUGUGAAGGCUGUAAGGGCUUCUUCAGGAGGAGUCAGCAGAGCAAUGCAGCCUACUCCUGCCCCCGCCAGAAGAACUGCCUGAUCGACCGCACCAGCCGCAACCGCUGCCAGCACUGCCGGCUGCAGAAGUGCCUGGCAGUGGGCAUGUCACGAGAUGCGGUGAAGUUUGGCCGCAUGUCGAAGAAGCAGCGAGACAGCCUGUACGCCGAGGUCCAGAAGCACAGGCUGCAGCAGCAGCAGCGUGACCACCAACAACAGCCGGGAGAGGCGGAGCCGCUCACACCUAGCUAUGGCCUCUCAGCCAAUGGCCUCACAGAGCUCCAUGACGACCUCAGCGGCUACAUGGAUGGUCACACCCCUGAUGGCAGCAAACCAGACUCGGCGGUCAGCAGCUUCUACCUGGACAUCCAGCCAUCUCCUGACCAGUCAGGCCUGGACAUCAACGGCAUCAAGCCGGAGCCCAUCUGCGACUUUGCCCCCGGCUCUGGCUUCUUCCCUUACUGCUCCUUCACCAACGGAGAAACCUCCCCCACCGUGUCCAUGGCUGAACUAGAGCACCUGGCCCAGAACAUCUCCAAGUCACACAUGGAGACAUGUCAGUACCUGAGGGAGGAGCUGCAGCAGAUGACCUGGCAGGCCUUCCUGCAGGAGGAGGUGGAGAGCUACCAGAGCAAGCCCCGGGAAGUCAUGUGGCAGCUGUGUGCUAUCAAAAUAACAGAGGCCAUUCAGUAUGUGGUGGAGUUCGCCAAGCGCAUCGACGGCUUCAUGGAGCUGUGUCAGAAUGAUCAGAUAGUGCUGCUGAAAGCAGGCUCUUUGGAAGUUGUGUUUGUCAGAAUGUGCCGUGCCUUUGACUCGCAAAACAACACAGUCUAUUUUGAUGGAAAGUAUGCCGGACCUGAUGUGUUCAAGUCAUUAGGCUGUGACGACUUGAUCAGCUCCGUCUUCGAGUUUGGGAAAAACUUGUGUUCUAUGCACCUGUCUGAGGAUGAGAUCGCCCUGUUCUCCGCCUUUGUGUUGAUGUCUGCUGACCGAUCCUGGCUCCAGGAGAAGGUGAAGGUGGAGAAACUCCAGCAGAAGAUCCAGCUGGCGCUCCAGCACGUCCUGCAGAAGAACCACAGAGAGGAUGGUAUACUUACAAAGUUGAUAUGCAAAGUGUCGACACUGCGAGCGCUGUGCAGUAGGCAUACAGAGAAGCUUACAGCUUUCAAAGCAAUAUACCCAGACAUUGUGCGUGCCCACUUCCCCCCCUUAUACAAGGAGCUGUUCGGAUCAGACUUUGAGCAGUCCAUGCCCGUUGACGGGUAGCAGCCCUGCCAGGUGCCAGUGUGCCCACCGUAGGGGAAUGUGGAGGAGGAAUCUGAGACACUUUAUUGGUGCCCUGCACAAACCAGAGCGGACAGAUGGCACGCUGUUCAACUUCUUCUUUUACAUUGGAGGGGGAGGGCUUAGGGAGUUGAUUCUCAAGGUUUACUUUAUUGAAUUUAGUUCUCUUUGGAAGACUUGUGGGACCCGACACCCCAUGGGACAUGAAGAGGAGAUGGGGACAAAUAAUUUCUGUCUGGUUGAACUUGACCCUCUUUUGCGCAUUGUCUAACCCGGAACUCAUGAGUCACUUCAUUUUUAUCCACGUAUUUCCCCAAGUAUUUAUUACACCGCCACUGGUAUGAUUUAUCGGUGCAUCUGGCUUGUAAUUGCACGAUUAAUGAGUCACUUUUUGAUAAUCAAACCGCUGAAGACGUCUUUGACCAGAAGAUAAAUCCACAUCAGUAUUAUUUUUUUUUUCCAAAAUGGUCUCAUCUCUAGCUGCUUCGUACACUUUAUCCCCAAACUAAAACAAAUGGCUGACAAAUGCGCACAUUAUGGUCAAGUUCAGCCAUCUUUUUUUUCUCUUGUGUUAUCUUUUUUGGAUGCAGUUCCUGGAAUGAAAACUCACAGCG